AUGACGACGGCACCAGAACAAAAGACCCUACUUAGCGGCGUUUCCUUCGUUUCUUUGGUUGCGCCCACUGAGGACCUCUUCUAUAGCACUGUUGAAUUUUACACCGACCUGGGCUUUAAAGAGACAUUUGUUUACGAUCGCACCCACCCGACCACGAAGCGGGAGGUAGACCACUGUUUGUCUUCAGAGAAGGAAACAUGGCUCUACUCCCAGAGCGAAAGCAGCAAUGAAUCGAAUGAUAUUUCCCUCAAGAUUCGCUUCGUUUCUGACGCCGUUCACCAUGCUCACGGCAUCGUACGCCAAGACCCCCAGAAGCCGCCAGAGAGAACGGCGAAUAGCAAGGAAUCUUACGACUGGAGGGGUUCUUCUCAGAGCAUUGUCCUCUGCACGGCAUUCCUGCCAAAGAUCGCUGAGCUGCUGAAGAGCAAGAAAAUCCUUUGCCAAUUCCAACCAAGUGAGCGGGAAGCCUGCGAGAUUUACACCCAUGAUCCUAUCGGUACUUUGGUUGGAUUCACUGCGAAGGCAAACCCCUUCACACGGAUCAGACCUACCGAUGGGUACCUGAACAUGACAAAGGCAGAGCAGAUGAUGGAUAUCUCCCGUCCUACAACCGCCGGAGGAAAGCGAAAGAGGAUUGGUGUCAUGACCUCCGGUGGUGACGCUCCAGGUAUGAACGCGGCUGUCAGAGCAGUGGUCAGAAUGUCCAUUGCCAAGGGCUGCGAAGCAUACGCCAUCUACGAGGGCUACGAGGGUCUUGUGAAGGGUGGUUCUUUGAUCAAGAGAAUGCGAUGGGAAGAUGUCCGUGGUUGGUUGUCUGAGGGUGGAACUCUCAUUGGUACUGCCCGUUGCAAGGAGUUCCGUGAGCGCCCAGGAAGAUUGGCGGGUGCGAAGAACUUGAUCUUGAACGGAAUUGAUGCGCUCAUUAUCUGUGGUGGUGAUGGCUCCUUAACUGGUGCUGACAUCUUUAGGAGCGAGUGGCCGGAUCUUUUGGACGAGCUUGUGAAGAAGAAAGAGCUUACACAGGAACAAAUCAACCCCUUCAAACAUCUCAAUAUUGUGGGAUUGGUGGGAAGUAUUGAUAACGACAUGUCAUCUACGGAUGCUACGAUUGGAGCGUACUCCUCACUCACUAGAAUUUGUCAGGCAGUAGACUUCAUUGAUGCAACUGCAUACAGUCAUUCUAGAGCUUUCGUUGUUGAGGUUAUGGGAAGGCAUUGCGGUUGGCUUGCGUUGAUGGCCGGUGUCAGUACUGGAGCAGACUUUGUGUUCUUGCCCGAGAAGCCACCAGUUGUAGGAUGGGAGAACGAAAUGUGUGACAUCAUUGCGAAGCACCGAAAACUCGGAAAGCGUAAGACGAUUGUCAUCGUUGCCGAAGGUGCUAUCGAUAGAGAUCUUAAUCCUGUCAGUGCCUCGUACGUAAAGGACAUCCUUGUCGAUAAGCUUGGACUCGACACCCGUAUCACUACACUCGGUCACGUUCAGCGCGGAGGAACUGCUUGCGCCUAUGACCGUAUGUUGGCGACGCUACAAGGUGUUGAGGCUGUUGAGGCUGUCCUGGAAUCUACACCAGACACCCCAAGUCCUAUGAUUGCGAUCAAUGAGAACAAGAUCACUAGAAAGCCUCUGAUGGAUGCUGUCAAGUUGACUCAAUCUGUAGCAGCUUGCAUCAAGAACAAGGAUUUCGAAGGCGCCAUGGAACUGCGAGAUGCAGAAUUUGAGGAGUACCACAGAGCCUACAUGGCCACUACUAAGCCGGAGGAUCUCCAGGUUAAGGCACCCGAAGAUAAGCGCAUGAAAAUUGCCAUUAUCCACGUCGGUGCCCCUGCCGGUGGUAUGAACGCUGCUACCCGUGCUGCGGCUCUCUACUGUCUUUCCCGCGGUCACCGUCCUUUCGCCAUCCAUAACGGUUUCCCCGGUCUUGUCCGUCACGACUCUGUCCGUGAGCUUACUUGGCUCAUGGUUGAGGCUUGGGCUAUUCGUGGUGGUUCUGAGAUCGGAACUAACCGUUCUCUUCCAAGUGAAGAUAUGGGAAUGGUUGCCUGGUACUUCCAAAAGUACAAAUUUGACGGAUUGUUGAUUAUUGGUGGUUUUGAGGCGUACCACGCGCUCACAGAGCUUCACCAAGCGAGGACAAGCUAUCCAGCAUUCAGAAUCCCAAUGACCUGUUUGCCAGCUACUAUCAGUAACAACGUUCCGGGGACGGAGUUCAGUAUUGGAAGUGACACAUGCUUGAACGCCUUGAUCGAUUAUUGUGAUGCUAUUAAACAGAGUGCCAGUGCUUCCAGGAGAAGGGUUUUCGUCGUUGAAUGUCAAGGAGGAAGAUCAGGAUAUGUGGCUACAAUGGCCGGUCUUUCGGUCGGUGCGUUGGCCGUUUACACGCCUGAAGAGGGUAUCAACAUCAGUAUGCUCCAGAAUGAUAUUGGUCACCUACGUGAAAGCUUCGCCAACGACAAGGGCAUGAACCGUGCUGGAAAGCUGAUCUUGAGGAACGAGAAAGCCUCAAAGACCUACACGACAGAAAUCAUUGCCGAUAUGAUUCGUGAGGAGGCUAACGGGCGUUUCGAAUCCCGCACCGCAAUUCCUGGACACGUCCAACAAGGUGGAACUCCUUCUCCUAUGGACCGUGUUCGUGCUGUUCGUUUGGCAGUCCGUUGCAUCCAAUUCAUGGAAGAAAACCACGGCAAAACCUCCCAGCAGAUCCUGGAAGACGCAAGCACUUCAGCUGUUAUUGGUAUUAGAGGCGCAAGUGUAGUAUUCACACCCGUGCAUGAUCUGAAGGAGGGAGAAACAGACUGGAGCUCGAGAAGACCAAGAAAGGCAUUCUGGCUGGACCUGAGAAGCAUUGUCGAUACUCUGUCCGGAAGAAUGGGAGAACCCCAGAGCACCUAG